ACGUGUGAACCGGAUUGUUCCUGCGUUUUCUGCCCGCUUCCUUUUGCUCUCCUCUUCUUUCUCCAUCUACAGUUCUGUACUUUGACCUAUUACUCUCCCACUCUACUCCUCUAGGGUUCUUUUCUUCUUGACGUGGGCCUCCCUCUUCCUCUUCUUCUUCAUCUCGAGUCUCCUUCCCCGUGCUGCCAUCCAUGGAUAAUUUCACCUCUUCCUCUUCUCUUCCCCCUCCCCCUUCCCCACCCCCUCUAUCCGACAUUUUGCCUACAUCGGCUUCACCCUCUUCUGCAGUUUUCGACGAUGGUUCCGAGGACUCCUGCAGUAUUUGUCUAGAGCCCUUCAGCACCGAUGACCCUGCUACUAUAACAAAUUGCAAACAUGAAUAUCAUCUGCACUGUAUUCUUGAAUGGUCUCAGAGAAGCAAGGAGUGCCCAAUCUGUUGGCAGUUACUUGUCUUGAAAGACCCUGCCAACCAAGAGCUUCUAGCUGCAGUGGAAGCUGAAAAACGCAUAAGGUCAAGAAGCUCAUAUUCGUCUGCAUUCCCAUAUCCUCAUAUCCCCAUUGAAAGGCUUAGCGCUGAACAUGAUGAUUCUUGUUCAGAUGACUCUGAUUUUGAUGAACAAAUUAUGCAGCACCUAGUUGCUGCUGCAAGUAGAGCACAUUAUUUUCGUAGAAGGGAAAUGCAAAGAUCAUCUGGAGUAGGUCCAUCUCGGGUUCCUGUUGUUGACUCUUCUGUGCAAGUCUCUGAGCUGCAUCCAGCGCAUACAACUUCACGUUCUGGAGGUAGUUCACCUAGUUCUGGUUCUGCUGCGGACAUUCAACCACCACCAUCUGCCCCUUCCUCUGUUGAAGCAAUUGCAAGAAAUUCCACUCCUGAAACCGAUGACCCUUUCAAAGCCAGAGUUCUUUAUAGCCAGCCGCCACCAUCUGAGAGUGUGAGAAGACUGAACACUUCUGAGAUGUUUACCUUCCCUGAGACCAUCAAGACCAAAUUUUCUGCUGCUUCAGCUAGAUAUAAAGAAUCUAUCUCAAAAAGUACACGCGGCCUUAAAGAGAAGUUACUUGCCCGCAAUGCUUCAGUAAAAGAGCUGAGUAAAGGUGUUCAGCGUGAGAUGAAUGCAGGUAUUGCUGGUGUUGCACGGAUGAUUGAACGUCUUGAUCUUGCCUCAAAACGGGCUGCUGCUUCUCCUCCCAUGCCUAGCUCUAGUGAGGGAACUUCUGGCUUCCCCUUUAAAGGAAAGACUGUACAAGAAAAUGGUAGUGGACAGUCUCUUCACUGUGCUGUUAAGGAAGAGAGCGGAGUUGCCAUUCAUGAUGGUAGAUCAGGUCUACCUGCACAGGUUUCCAGCACGGCUGUCAGUCCAGUAGGAUAUCCUCCUCAUGUUCAGACUGGACAUGAUGCGGUAAAGACUUAGCUUGGCUAGUAUGUUGUCUCACUUGUCCAAGAAGAAGCAUGCAGUGCAAGUGAUGACUUUGUAAACCAAUCUACACGUUGGUAUAUGCAUCCGGCAUUGUUAUUACUGGUCCAUGAUGUUUAAGAAUUAUAAACAGUUUACGGAGCCAGAGCUUUCUCCUCGAGGGAGAUUAUUUAAUGAACUUAUCAAAGUAGUAUAGACAUGCAUGGGCAGUUAUCCAUGUUCUGCGGUUGUCCAUGUUCUGUCUUAGUUUAUUUCCUUUACAUGCUGUUACAUCGCUCAUUUCACUCAAAUAAUGCUGAGGUUAUCUGCUUUCUAUUCCCUAA